AUGGAAGAAGCCGCUGCGCCCGCGACUGCAUCUGCAUCGUAUGUCUCCUUCGACGAUCAAGUUCAAAACAUCAUCGCCUCUGGUCUCGCCCAGCCUCGUGACCGACUGAGACUCAGCGGCCUCAAUCGCGCGCGACCGCUCCUCAUUGCUCGAUUCCCCGACGCGCUCGCUGCUCUCCGGCAGCCCAUUUCCAUUCAGCAAGACAUUCCCGUGCUGCCUCCUGGCGAAGAGAACAACGCGCACCUGCGAGUCGAAGGCGAAAAGGCGGCUCCAUGGCGCGUUCGCGACUCGUCAGACUUGGGCGAGGAGGGACAAAACGACGGGGAUGCGAAGGGGGAAGGAAACGCGUGCAAAAAGCAGAAAGUUUUCGUCUCGAAGCCGAGUGACGUCAACGCAGACUGCUUCUUUCUCCUCGUGCAAGGCAAGGAAUUCGUCGAAGUGCUGCCGAUCAGCGGCUGGGUAAACUUUGACCGGAUGGUGGCCGCCAAGGGCGCGCCGACAGCUGAGGAUGCAGAACUCCAAAGUCGAGUGAAAGCCACGCGAGACGCCGCUCUCGCCGCUCGGGUUGCGCAGCUGCGGCGCACCGGCGCAGAGAGCGACGAAGAUGGCGAGAGGGGAGGCGCAAAAGAUGCGGUUAAGGAAACGCGCAGAGAAGGUUCUGACAGAGAGGACGACGAACUGGGGCUGAGACGGCAAAAGCAAAAGCGGAUGAAGCAGCUUCUGCGGCAGAAGGCUGGCCAGCACCAGAAGCUGAACGAGUACAUUGAUUCGGCGUUGAGUGUGACGGCGCUCCGGCAGGCCGAAGUCGACUGGGAUUUUGAGGAGAUGCAGAGCGACGACGAAGACGACAUCGCGACAGAAGUGAAGAACCAAGGCGCAGAUGGCGAAGACCUCGCCGGUGAGGCAGACGACCUCGUCGCCACGGACGACGAAGCUGGAGUCGCCGACGAGGAUCUCACCAACUACGGACAGCAAAUGAAGACGCUGCUGGACAAAGCAAAGGAUGACGAGGCAGACGAUGAGUUGCACCAGUUUGAAUCUGACGAGGGCGAAGAGAACGAAGAAGAAGGCUCAGGCGGCACUUCCACAGGCGGCCCAGGUCAGGCGGGAGAAGCUGCGUCUUCCUCCAGGAGCGUCGCGGCCUCGACCUCAAAACCGCCGCACGGCGGGCUGCCGGCGUCGGCCAAGGGAGGGACCAGUCAAGGCGCAGAAAAGGGAGACGAAGGCACAGAUCUCAAGAACAGGGUGGUUCGAAUCAUGCAGCAACACAUGGGAAGAAUGACCGUGAAGCACUUUAUGAGCGCGUUCAAGGUGAAGGAGAAGAACGAAGAAUUCAAGAAGAUCCAGCAAGUCGUACACAAGAUCUGCAAGAUGGAGACGACGGAAGACAAGCAAAAGUUCAUCAUUCUGAAGCCGGAAUAUCGCAUGUGA